GCAGCGGGGCAGGGAGGGAGGCGGACGCCCGGCGGGGCCGCAGCUCUGCCGCCCCGAGCGGCGCUCCCGGCCCGGUGCCGGUUCCUGCUGCCGGUGCCGGUUCCCGCUCCGAGAUCCAGCAGCGGGAGCACCGGGAGGGGAGCGCACGCAACUUUGGGACGCGGAGCGGCUCUGCCGGCCCGGUAUCCCCCCCGGUUCCCGGUGCCCCCCGGUUCCCGGUACCGGUACCGGCCCCGCCAUGCCCUCCGCCUACCCGCAGCGGGCCCUGACGGUGCUGCUGCUCUUCGGCACGCUGGCCGCCGCCAUGGCCCUGCUCGCCUCCAGCCUCAUCUUCCAGCUGCCGUCGGGGCGGGCCGGCACCGGUGCCGGUGCCGGUCGAGGGGCUCUGCCGGAGCCGGCGGCCGCCGUACUGCUGCCGGUGUCGGCCGUGCUGGCCGCGCUCUGCCUGGUGCUCAACGUGAGCUGCCUCCUGCUCUGCCUCCUCCAUGGCUACUUCAGCACCGAGCUGUGCCGGGGACAGCCCGGGCCCGACCGGGCGGACUGGUUCCUUCUGGACAGCCGGACGGUUCGCCACGCUGCCAUCGGCUUGUUCUGCUGUGGGGUCUCAGUCUACCUAACAGCUCUCGCCAUCUACAUGCUGCUGCUGUUUGAACUGGAGGCUGGCAUUGCCAGCGCUUGUAUUCUCUCCUCUGGCAUCAUCGUCCUGCUGAUCACGGUGACGCACGCUCUGGUACGGGCUUCCCAGGUUUCACGCCGCAGCCGCUCCGAGGUGUCUCACACCCUGUACGAGAACGACUCUGCCCAGCACGGCGAAUCCUCCACCAGCGAUCUGAACAACAAGAACGCGGCUGCGCCCCGGCCCCGACCUGAGAUCCACCGGGAAUUUUCCUUCCCUCCUUUCCUGGAGCGUAAAUCCCAGCUGGGCUCUCCAGCCAGCAGCAACCUCACGUCCUCGGGCAGCCCUGGGCUUUGCUCCGAGAAGGAGAGCUACAACCUGCCCCGAACGCACAGGACACUGUCGGCAGAGUCAGGCCUGCUGCAGGCACAGGGCAAGCCCUGGAACGGCGUCACGCAGGAGAUGAGGAACGUGCUGUCACGCAAACCUGGAGCCUCGGGCAAGGACUCGACUCUGGUGUGAGUGGAAGUGGGACUUUUUUUGCCCUGUCUCGUCCCAAGGGAGCUGCAGGCACCAGGGCCAAGAUUUGCAUCUCUAUUUAGAGCUUAACAUAGAUCACGUCUCACCCAAGCAGGGGGGUGGCUGCUUUUCCACCCUCCCGCCUGGGGGUCCUCUUUGCUUCUUUUACUGAGAAGACGCCACCUCCCCUCAAAGCCAAAAGCCCUCAGCCGCCUGCCCCGAGCUCCCAGCCUCUCCUGCAGUGACCCACGCAGGACCCCCACUGCUGUCCCAACGAACACGUGGGUGAGAAGAAGCGAGUGGACCUCGUCCCUCCUUCUCCAGCAGAUCCCAGCUGAUUUCUGUACCUCCCUGCCCUUCCCCUGCCUUCUUCCUUCCUCCUCCAUCCCCAGGAGCCGGCAUUAACACUGAGAGAGUUCGUACAACCGACCCAGCAGGACUUCCCCCUCAGCGUGCAGCCAGGCAGGCGUAAGAAACCGAGGGAAGUGAUGGAGGAACAAGUGAGAUGGAACCAGAAGAGCCUGCAAGCUGCAGAGGGUGGGUUUGGGGUGGCAGAGCACCUGCUGCUUGGUCACCAGCACAUCCACAGAACACAGCUUGCUAAGCAGGGUCCGAGCAGGGAGGGGGCUGUGCUGGGGCAGCCCCAGUGCAGCUGGGACCCCAGCGGUGCAGGAACCUCUCUGGGGAGUUCCCUGGGUGCCACCAGGAGAACAGUGCUGAUCCUCGAGGCUGAGCUCCAGGAAGGGGUCUGCAUUGGCACGGCUAGUCCUCUGCGCAAGUGCUAAAGGCAGCAGCUGUUUCCGUGAAACACAAGCGGGUUUAGCUCGCUCUGUCCCUGCGCUGAUGAACACCUUGCUAUUUACUCGCAGCCCCAUGCUCUGCCAGCCCUGCCCAGGCCCAGAGCAGCAGCACACUGGUUUUCCCCAAUUCCUUAUCAGUCAGCAACCAGUAAAGCAUUUCGGGGAGUGAAGGGAAGCCACCGAUUCAAACGGAUUCCCUCUCACCUCACACGCUAUUAUCCUGAGACACCUGCUGUCCUGAGCGCAGUACAUUUAUCACAGAAUCCCAGCCUGGUUUGGGUUGGCAGGGACCUCACAGCCCAUCCAGUGCCACCCCCUCCACUAGCCCAGGUUGCCCAAAGCCCCAUCCAACCUGGCCUUGAACACUGCCAGGGAGCCAGGGGCAGCCACAGCUUCUCUGGGCACCCUGUGCCAGGGCCUCAGCACCCUCACAGGGAAGGAUUUCUGCCUCACAUCCCAUCUCCAUCUCCCCUCCUGCAGCUUCAGGCCAUUCCCCUUGGCCUGUCACUCCCUGCCCUUGGCACCAGCCCCUCUCCAGCUUUCCUGGAGCCCCUGCAGGGACUGGAAGGGGCUCUAAGGUCUCCCUGGAGCCUUCUCUUCUCCAGGCUGAACAACCCCAACUCUCUCAGCCUGUCUCCAUAGCAGAGGUGCUCCAGCCCUCGCAUCAUCUCCGUGGCCUCCUCUGGCCUGGCUCCAACAGCUCCAUGUCCUUCUUGUGCUGGGGACCCCCGAGCUGGACGCAGCACUGCAGGGGGGUCUCACCAGAGCAGAGUAGAGGGGCAGGAUCCCCUCCCUCGACCUGCUGGUCACGGUGCUGGGGAUGCAGCCCAGGACACAGUUGGCUUUCUGGGCCGCAAGUGCACAUUGCCAGGUCACAUGGAGCUUCUCGUCCCCCAGUACCCCCAAGUCCUUCUCCUCAGGGCUGCUCUCCAUCCAUUCCCUGCCCAGCCUGGAGUUGGGCUGGGAUUGCCCAGACCCACGUGCAGGACCUUGCAUUUGGCCUUGUUGAACUUCAUGUGGUUUGCACAGGCCCACCUCUCCAGCCUGUCCAGGUCCCUCUGGGUGGCAAAACUGAGUCUAGCUCUGCUUUGAUUGCAGCAUUCUUGGUAAAUUCUUCAGAACAGAACUGUUGGUUCCAGGAGAGAUUAACAUUGAAGCUACAUCCUUUCAAAGUGACCUCCAAAACCGUGUGCACAGCUCUGCUUCCCACUGCUUGACAGGGGAUGAAGAAAGUCUUUCUUUUUGUUAGUGGUUUGGGUUUUGUUUUUUUUUUUUUUUAAGAACAGGACAGUUUCUUUUUUCACUUGAAAGGCUAAACUCUGCAUGCCUUUGUUUUGCCCCAUGCCCUUUGAAACACGCAGAGCCAGCAGGCUCCAAGACCCCCCAGCCCGAAUGAGCAACAGGGGAAGGUUUUAGACAGAACUUUCUUGUUUUUCCUUUUUAUUAUUGUUCUCACUAAAACCAAAUUCAGCAACUCCCUGGCAUACACAUGAAAAACUCUCCUUGCAGAAUGCCUCCUGAACAAAGCUGAAGUGUGCCUACAUUACAUCUUUACACAGCCAUCUACAAAAUACUGAAAGCAAGACCUAGUUUUUCUGAGAUAUUUCUGUGGCCAAGAGGUAGAGAGAAAAAACGCCUCAUAGCAGUCUGCCAUCGAAAAGAAAGGACGAAUGCAGAACCACCCCAUUUCCCUUUUGCAGAGUGCUGUGGAAAGGGACACAAGUGCUCCCCAAAGCACCCCCAAAGGCAGUCCUGACCCCAGUGGCAGGAUUUGCCUGCUUGGGUGCAACACCUUGUUACUGGGAACAGAGAGGCGGGCAGAUGCUUCUGCGCAGCUUCACAGAUUGAGGUGGUUUCUCACUCCUCCCUGUGGUUGGAGAACAUAGAGCUGGGCUGGAGAAGGCUGGCAGAGGGUGGCCAGUCUUGUCUGAAAUCAGGAACUGGCUGGAGGAUUCUUGGCUUGUGGGGCUACAGUGCUGUAAAAAGAAAGAGACAGUCACAUCCAGCAGCCAUAAGAGUGUGAAGAACGAGGGGCUCCCUCAAAUAAAACCUCACUGCUUGCAGCAGGAGAGCAGCUUAGACAAGCACACCUUUCAGCGUGCUGUGCAGACUAUGGAGCAGCACACACCAGCCCCAUGGGUGUCGAGACACCAACCUUCGCCACCACACCAGCGCAAAAACCACUAAAAACGCCCUGGGCUGCACAGAGUGUGAUCCUGCCACGUGGGCAACUGGGAAAAUACAGAAUCUGAACCAGACGUGUCUAAGGCAGAGUCAUUCUGCAGAGACAGAGCCUCUCUGUUGGUUGUGGUGGUUUCAUCAGGGAUGGGCUUUUGGGAAUAUCUUCACUCCUACCCAGUCAGAGUCCAAUACCAACACCGUUCUCCAGAGAGACAAAUACGCUAGACUCAGACGAUCUGCUGGAAGAUAUUUUAGUAGCUGUAGUUCAACUGCAAACAUACGAAAAUGCAUCAUCGUUCUGCUACCACUUAUCUCUAUGGGACUCUGUCCAAAAAGAGCCACAUACAUAACAGAACAACACCAAACACAACCUCUCACCUGCUCCAUCUCAGUAGCGUCAUCUCACUCCAAAUGCCUUUGGCAUAACAAAGAUUUAAUGUAUUACACAACCAAACAGCCCUUUUUAAAUAAGGAAAUAAAUUAUUUUCCAGUUACCCUUU